CUCUCUCUCUCUGACCCUCCUCCUUAUUUUAUUUUUAUUAUGCAUUUAUUUAUUUUACUGUCUCUCACCCCUUUCUCUCCUUUCUCACUUUCUCUCUCGAUUUUUUCCCACUAACCCCCCCUGUCAGCUCCGGCUUUGUGGCGCAUUGACAUAUAACUGAUUAAUAAAGAGUAUACCUCAAGUAACAAGAGGAGCUUAAAUCCGAAGCUCCACUUGUUAAAAUAAAAGUGUUGGCACAAUAAAGCACCCAGACUAACAACCUGCUUGCUAAACUGCCGGACACGACAGGGGAAAAAAAAAAAAAAAAAAGAAACUGUUUUUGUGGUGUGUGGUUCUGGUCUUGAUGGACCUCAGUCUUUUGCCGGACAUUAGUGUUUUCAACAUGUUUUGUGAAACACCCACCCAGAGGCAUACAGAUCCUGGAGGGAUGGUGGAUUUUAGUCAAUCACCUUCUCUGUAAAGCAGAUGAUGUGCUGCAGUUAGCCCUUGUCCUUGGCAGUGACAGCAGCAUACCAGACGGUGAUGGAGUACGUGAGGAUGGACUCGAUGGCAGGUUGAACUUCAGCUGCCGUAGGACGUACAUCCUCUGUUGGGCUUUUUUGAUGAGAAGCCCCACCUUGAAAUCCUGGGAGAUGAUGAUGAUGAUGCCCAGGAAGCGGAAGGACUCCACUAUUGACCAGGGACUCAUGUGGACAGGGAUGGGUUGAGCCAGGAUAAUCCACUACCAUCUCCACUGUCAGAGCAGAUUGUUCUAGCUGCACCAGGUCAGCAGAUGAUGAUUCACCCUCCUGUAGAUGGACUCCAGAGAUAAGUCCAAUGAGGGUGGUGUCGUCCCCAAACUUCAGUAGCUUGAAGGAAUGAUGGCUAUAGGUGCAGUUGCUGGUGUACAGAAGAAGGCAGUACGCAGCUUCGAAGGCAACUGGUGCUUAUGAUCAGGAGGUCAGAGAUGUGCUUCCCCAGCUUUACAUGCUGCUUCCUGUUAGACAGGAAGUCAGUGAUCCACCUGCAGAUGAAGCUCAACACACCCAGCUGGGAGAGCUUGUCCUAGAGUAGAGCUGGGAUGAUCAUACUGAAUGCAGAGCUGAUGUCCACAAACAGGAUCCUGGUAUCAGAUCCAGGACAAUCCAGGUGCUGGAGGAUUAACUGAAGAGCUGUGUUAAUAGCAUUGUCUGCAGAUCUGCAUUGGGUCCAGGAGAGAGUCGGUGAUAGAUCUGAAACACAAAUUACUUCAUUACUGUAGAGGUCAUGGCAACAAGUCUGUAGUCAUUCAGUCCUGAGAUCCUGGGCUUCUUGGGGAUGGAAAUGAUAGUGGAAGUUUUGAACCAGGCUGACACAGGGCAUGUCUCUACUAGAACCAACGCUACAGCAACAGAGCCAACUCCAUGACACGUGACCCCUUGCACCCAUCAGAGAGCCUGUUCACCCCCCUUCCAUCUCGAGAAAAGGCUCCGAACCAUUCUGUCCACUUCACCAGGAUCUGUAGCAGAUUUUUUUUCAUCAGACUAUCACACUUCUCAGCUCCCGCCCUCUUAUAAAUGCUCCUUUACACUAUACCUUUUCUGCUGUUUGCAGUCUGUUUAUGUGCAAUGUUUACUUGUAUUAUAUGCACUGUUGUUGUGUACUGGUUUUAUUCUACUUUAAUUUUAAUUUAGUUAAAAUUUUUCUAAUUGUAUUCUGCAUUAUUAUGUUCUAGCUGUACGGUGCUCUGUAGAAACACAGUUUUGUUUCAGGUGUGUGAAAUAACAAUACAGUAACUUACCAGCAGAAUUGGAGAAUGGACUGUCAGUAUGACCAGAUGUUUGUGUCAGUGACAGGUCUGUUCUACUGAAGUCUCCUGUCCUCCCCCACAGAGGUUUCUGACUUGACCAUCCCAGAGACCUCAGACAAGAGCAAGAAGUUGAUGUUGAGGACACGCAGCAAGAGGAAGUUCCUCUUCAAGGUGCCUGAGGAGGAGAGGCAGCAGCAGAGGAGGGAGAUGCUGAAGGACCCAUCGCUGCGGUCCAGGAUGAUUUCCAAUCCCAUCAACUUCAACCAUGUGGUUCACAUGGGCCCUGGAGAUGGCAUGCAGGUUCUGAUGGACCUGCCUCUGCAAAGUGAGUCUCACUCCCCUACUCCCUCCCGACACCAUGCAUUGAUCUCUCCUCCUACCAACUUUGAACACAUCUAUCACAUGAGCCCUAUGUCCGCUGAGCUCUAUCUACAGAAAGAACCUUCUUCGCAGCAAAGCCUUCCUCCACUCUCCUCCUCUUCCUCCUCUCCCUCCACCUCCUCCUUGGGAUGGACUGUCCUGCCAUCUUCUCAGGAUGAGCCUGUAAAGGAGAGGGUACGGCUGGUCUCCAGCAUCUCAAGUGUCUCCAGUGCCUCCCAUCAGCGGAACAAGCCAUUGAUCACACACACUGUACCGGUUGCAGGAGACUUUGGCGGCACUGGAUCAUCCCGGAAUGUCUCCGAUGCUGAGCCGGAGGAGAGAGAGCCUGACUCAGACUCUACCAAGCACUCAACUCCUUCUAACAGCUCCAACCUCAGCAGUCCACCCAGCCCCAACUCCCCCCACCGCAGCCAGCUCACCCUGGAUGGACUGGACUACUCUACCUUUGAUGCCUAAUCUCUGUUGCCGGGGGCCCACUGCUGCUUGAAGUGCCAGACUGUCUUUUAAUCCCCACCAGAUGCCAGUAUUGUCCACCUUCCAGUUCAGUUCUCUCCCAAAGAAGGGUCAAAGUUCAUGCAGUAUCCUGAAACGACUCCCCAACUAAACCUGCUCCCAUGCUUAAUGAGGGUCUUCUCUUGUUAUUUGCUUUUUAAAGCCUCUUUUCUUCCCUGUACUGAAGAGGUGGUGUCAGCUGGUGUGCCCAUGGGAGUGUAGUAACAUGGAAGGGACUCUGCAAGCUGCAGUUCAGCCUGAAUGAGUGGGUAAGGCUUGUCAGCCACCUGCGGGUGGGAGCUGGUAUUACAGACAGAUGGACAGAAUCACUUGAGUGCGUGCAGCUGCAUGGAUUUCAGGCGUCUGCCCCUGGGUUUUUGUAAGCAAAGUUUGUGUAUCUACAGAGCACUGCACAAGGUUCUGGCAGGGUCUGCAAUGAAGGGAGAUGACACAGUAAAUAUGAUGCGUCCAAUUUCAUUCAGAUUAAAUUUUCUCCAGUACCCGUCACACUUCCUGGCCGGUGAUGUGGCCUUUUUCCAGUGAAAAAUGUCUGUGAGUGAUUUUGUGAGAAUUUGUCCAGCCUGUUUGAGAAUCUGCUGAAGGAGAUUGAAUGCUUAUCACUGAUAAAAUUAACCUGACCUACUAAAGCUGUUUCUCACCUCGGUCCUCGGGGACAUUCAGUCUGUCCACCUUUUUGCUGGGAGCUGGGAGGGAGCAAAAGUGUGGACACUCUGGGGGGUCCUUGAGGGCAGGGUUAAGAAACACUGCACUAAUGUAUAUGCCUGUCAUGUCUGUCCAUGAGAAUCUAGCAGGAUGAACUACAGUUUUCGGAUGUUUUGCUGCACAUCAAUCCUGAUCCCAGCUGCCAGGUCACGACAUUCAUGUUUUAAUCACAGCAUGCCAUGAUCCUAUAUGUCCACAAGGUGGUGCACAGUUUAAUGUAUAUUUUACUUUUGCACUGUUAUAAAAGUAUACAGAAGUCUGAGUUUUCCCCGUGUUUCAGUACUAGUGUGUUUUUAAGGCUUGGCUGGUGUAUGUAACUGCCCAUUCUAGUCUGCUUUUGUUCCAUUUCAUGUACUUCAUUAUUUAACCCGUUCCAGGUGACAGCCUCACCUUACAUGUGGUGGUUAUGGGUUUUCAGAAACUUUAUUUUUUUUAAUCACAAUCGGUUAUGCUGUAUUUUAAUUUUCCCUCUGUUUAUGAAAAUGGGACUUUGACACUCCUGCUUUUCUAUAAAAAUGGUUAAUCUUUGUUAUUAAAUUGUCAGGGAUAAUCUGAACAGAAAAUAAAUGAGGGAUAUAUGUCCAUUC